UCUGGUCUCCUGCCCCGGUACCCCCCUCCAAGUCCGUGUCCGAGGAAGCACAGCCACUUACCCUUUUCCCAAGCUGAGGCAGGCAAGAGUAAUGGAUUGUGGUGCUCACCCAGGACCACACUUUUAUGGGGACGGUAAGCAUGGGGAGGAGCUGACUGCGAGGGGGGCACGUGGCUCUCAGCAGCCAAAGCCCAAUCUCCUCCCUGUGUGACACAGGGCUGUUUUGCUGACACUAUUUCCUUGGCAGUCCCCACCUACUUUCACAGCCUCUGCAAUUGGCCUUCUGAGAUGCUUUCCAGCCCUCUGCUAAUGGGCAAAUUUGCCCCACUGCCCUCUCAUUCUCUGCCUCAGUAAGAGGGCAGGGAGCUUUAGGAAGGCUGAGUGGCAGUGCUCUGCAUGCCACAGCACUUCCCCAAGGCCUUGGUUUUGGUGUGUCAUCAUGCCAGCUGUGCAGAGCCUCAGGGAGGAGCAGGAUGUGCAAGGAGUAGGUCUGGCCCAUGCCCCCCGCUCAGCAGCAUCUGAGUGACAAAUGCACUGCAGUUGUUAUCUGCAGAAGGUGAGGUGAUGGGAUACCAAAUUACAGGCACAGCUCUUUGUCAUAGCCUGCUCAGCACCGCACAUUUGGCCUGCAAAGCAGAAAGAAGAGGGCAGUCAGUAAAGGGGCCUGUACUGGUCCAGCCAGGGAUUGCUGACACAGGGAGGGCAGGAGCAGGCCACACUGGCCGCAGCAUCAGGGAGUGCCACCUCUGCCCAUUGGCCAAAGAGGUGAUGAGCCUUGGCUGAGCCUGGAUAAAAGCUGGUGCUGCUCAGAGGUCUCCAAAGCACUGCUCUGGCCUCCUUCUCCUUUGGAACAGGAGCUCCAUCCCAUCACACCAAGAUGUCUUGCUACGACCUGUGCCCACCAAAAACCAGCGUUGCCGUGCCCCAGCCCAUCGCUGAGAGCUGCAACGAGCUGUGCGCGCGCCAGUGCCCCGACUCGACAGCCUUCAUCCAGCCACCGCCCGUCGUCGUCACCUUCCCCGGCCCCAUCCUCAGCUCCUUCCCCCAGCAAGCCGUGGUGGGCUCCUCUGGAGCACCCCGCCCUUUGGGGGUCGUCCCUCGGGGCGUGGGGGCCGUCUACGGCGGCCGGGGCCGACUCAGGGCGUCGGGGGCCGUCUGCACCUUUGGUAGACCCUACGCUUCUCCUGCCUGCAGCCCCUCGCCCCUUCGCCCCGCCUACAGCAGGAAGCUCUGGAACACCUGCGGGCCCUGCUAAACAGGCCCUGCCUGCUCCCAGCAUCACUAGCAUCAACUCAUUCCUGAACACCUGGGCCUGGAGUGUUGAGGAGUGCUGAGCAUCUCCAGCUACGGCUGAGGCCUGAGCAGAUGGUAGUGCUGGCACCUUUGCAUGCUUUGCCCAGUUCUCCUGCCCAUUCCUCUUCUUCCAUGGACU